GGCGGCGCCCUUUGUCCGACCGUAGGUGUGCGCGCUGGGAUGUGAGAUCGGAGCCGAUCCCGGAAUGGCAGCCAUGGAUUUCCCUCAGCACAGUCACCUGGUUCUGGAGCAGCUCAAUCAGCAGAGGCAGUUGGGGUUGUUGUGCGACUGCACCUUCGUGGUGGACGGGAUCGACUUCAAGGCCCACAAAGCCGUGUUGGCCGCCUGCAGCCAGUACUUCCGCAUGUUGUUUGUGGAGCAGAAGGAUGUGGUGCAUCUGGAUAUCAGCAACGCCGCAGGCCUGGGGCAGGUUCUGGAGUUUAUGUACACGGCACAGCUCAGCCUGACCCGAGACAACGUAGAGGACGUCCUCGCUGUGGCCGGAUUCCUCCAGAUGCAGGAGAUUGUAAAUGCCUGUACUGCCCUCAAAUCUCUCAGUAUUACCCCCGGGGCAACUGCCACCUGCCUGGAGAGUCUCACACCAGUGCAAGGUGAUGUGCCUCAGGGGGAGGGAGCAGUUCCAGACUCUGUUGAUGAUGGGAACAGAGUGGGGGAAUGUGAUGCGGCUCCGGUUUUGUUCCAACAUGGCGGCCACAGCGAGGAAAACUGUGUGGAGGAAAGCGACACAAGGGCCGAUGAUCACAGGGAGGAGAGUUUGGCUGUGAUGGAGACUCGCCCUGCGGAGGAGACGGUUCUCUCAGACCAGCAUGAAGACCCCCCAGAUAAGGAUAAGAAAGAAGCGAAUGUGCCGCAGACUCAAGUUGUCUGGCGCGUCCCGGCUGCAGAGAAGAGUGCGGCACCCACAGAGGAGAGACCAGCGAAGGCUGAGGGACAGACAGGACAGACAGACAAACUGUGUGAGGAGGAGGUGGGAGGAGAAUCAGAGGAAGAUCCUGGGGGAGAGAACAGGGAGGCGACAGAUGAAAAUGAAUUUGUAGCCACAGACUCUGGGGACUCCCUGCACCCUCAUUCUGAUGCAACUCCCUACGGAGAUCGGAAUGAGUCCAGGCCCUACGGCUCCACCACUCACACGUGUAAGUUCUGCGGCAAAGAAUUCACCCACACGGGCAACUUCACCAGACACAUUCGCACCCACACAGGGGAGAAACCGUUCACCUGCCGGGAGUGUAAUAAAGCUUUCUCCGACCCCGCGGCCUGCAGAGCUCACGAGAAGACUCACAGCCCCCUGAAACCGUACGGCUGCGAGGACUGCGGGAAGAGCUACCGCCUGGUGAGUCUCCUGAACCUGCACAAGAAGCGCCACACAGGUGACGCCCGCUACCGCUGCAGCGACUGCAACAAACACUUCACCACCGCCGGCAACCUGAAGAGGCACCAGCUGGUCCACAGCGGAGAGAAACCGUAUCACUGCGAGUUCUGCAACCGCCCCUUCUCUGACCCCACCUCCAAAAUGCGCCACUUGGAAACGCACGACACCAACAAGGAGCACAAGUGCCCCCACUGCGACAAGAAGUUCAACCAACUGGGAAACCUGAAAGCCCACCUGAAGAUUCACAUAACGGACGGACCCCUGAAAUGCAGAGAAUGUGGGAAGCAAUUUACUACUACAGGGAACCUUAAGAGGCACCUGCGCAUUCACAGCGGUGAGAAGCCAUACGUCUGCGUCCACUGCAAGAGGAAAUUUGCGGAUCCGGGAGCUCUGCAGCGACACGUCCGGACUCACACUGGGGAGAAGCCGUGUCUGUGUAUGAUCUGUGGCAAAGCCUUCACUCAGGCCAGCUCUCUAAUCGCUCACGUGAGGCAGCACACAGGGGAGAAACCAUACGUCUGCGAGCGCUGCGGGAAAAGGUUCGUGCAGUCGAGUCAACUCGCCAACCAUAUCCGCCAUCACGACAACAUCCGCCCGCACAAGUGCAGCAUUUGCAACAAAGCGUUUGUCAACGUGGGAGACCUCACGAAGCACGUGAUCAUUCACACUGGAGAGAAGCCGUUCUUAUGCGACAAGUGCGGCCGUGGGUUCAAUCGCGUGGACAAUCUCCGCUCCCACGUGAAGACCGUGCACCAGGGCAAGGCCGGAAUGAAACUGCUGGAGCACGAGGAAGGGGAAGUGGAUGAAGACGAGGUGAAUAUAGUGACCGUCACGUCUGAUGAAAUGGUGACUUUAACCACAGAGACUAUCGCUGCCACGGCCGUCACUGAGCUCACAGAUCCCAACACCCAGAUCCUAUACGCCUGCGACUCCUGCGGAGAGAAGUUCCUGGACGCCAAUAGUUUGGCCCAACACGUGAGAAUGCACACGGCCCAGGCGCUUGUCAUGUUCCAGGCGGACACGGACUUUUACCAGCAGUACAGCGCUCCCACCACGUGGCACACGGAGCAGGUCAUACAGUCCGGGGAGCUUAUAUUCCGUGCACGUGAGGGGAGCGAAGAACAAGCCCAGGCUAUUGAUUGUCAGAGCCCAGUGGAAUAGCGGGACCUUGUGCUGGAGACUGAGAAUGGGGGGGGCACCAGGAAGUAGCCGAGACUGGGCAAGUAGCCAAUGGCAUUGGGGCGACUCCUGGGAAUGUUCAUCUGACGGCUCUUGCUGGUGUAUAAAUCGUACAUGGGAGGGGGUGGGGGCAUAUCGGCCUGUAGCAGUGCCCUGGUGCAUCUAAUAAAUAUUAUUUUUUAAUGAAAA